UUACAGAAAGAUGGCAAGGUUUGGAAAAUCAAGUUUGGAUAUGGAGGAACCGAAGUGCAUCACGAUCAUUUGACCCUAAGAAGAAAUUAUGGAUCCUUAACACAAGAGAAAGGUAGGAGGCAGCACACAAGACCUUGGGCCUGUUGACUUGGUGUCCAAUAUUCCUUCUCCACUAUGGAUGCACCAUUGAAAAAGGAUGAGCCAGACAGUCCCAGGUUUUAUCAUUUGGAACUUUAUGACUCCCUUGAAAAUUUAUUUCCUGAGGAACCAUUUCGAAGGCGAGAUCUCUCUCCACAUGAAAAGAAGGAGACCCCAGAUGUAGAGGAGCAACAUCCACCACAUGUGGAGGAUCGGGACCAGCAACCCACAGACCAUGCAAAAGAAAAUAAUGAGAAGAGCGACAGUGACCUUCUUGAGGAUAAGGAAGCAAGCCAACGGUCCUACCAAGAGAAGGAACUAUAUUGCAUUACUUGCUGUGUUCCAGUGACACCCUCCAAUAGCAAGAAUAAUGAACAUCAAGAGCACGAAGUCAUGUCUCUCGCGGCUGUGGUGGAAAUCGCAAAGGAUGCACUUCAGCAAAAUAUUGGCCGAUUGGAAGACCAAAUCGCUCACCUGGAGAGUUUUGCUAGCCACUUGGAGGAAAUUUUUAUUACAGUAGAGGAGAAUUUUACCAGGCAGCAGCAAAACUUUGAGAAGCGUUACGAUGACAUAAUACAGAUCCUUGAGCAACGAUAUGAAGAAAAUAUGCAGGCUUUGGGGGAGGAGAAGAAAGAGAAACUGGAAGCCUUGUACAAAGAACUGGUCGAUUGUGGAGAGAACCUGGAUACGUGCAAAGAACUGAUGGAAACCAUUGAAAAUCUUGACCAGGGUGAAAAAAAAAUAGAGGCCCUCAAGACUGCAGUUGCAACAAUUCAGAGAGUACAUACCUUCUUGAAAAAGAAUGUGAGUAUAGACUUAUCAACUCCAGCCGAGUUUGAAGACCGAAUCAUUCAUUUCUCAGACAUUCAGGAACUACUGGAGUCUGUUAGCUCUUCCCCAACUUUUACACCCCCUUGUGCACCAGUGAUGAAUGCUCAAGAUCCCAAUUCAGCUACGGGGACGUCUGUGAAAGUUUGCUGGAGUUUUUUCUCAGAAGAUAUUGUGGAAAGCUACCAACUCUAUUACAAGCGAGUGAGCAAUGAUACAUCAAGCAAGGGGGAAGAAGAGUUUAAGCUAAAUGUGAAAGAAACCUACUGCACAGUCGCUCAGCUGUUGCCAAACACACAGUACGAAUUUUGGGUAAAGGCAGUUAACAGAGCUGGGGUCAGCUCAGAGAGCGAAAGAGCUGUAUAUAUGACAGCUCCUUUGCCACCUGUUAUCAAAAAAAAGGCGAUUCAGAGCUGUGAAUACUUUGCACUGGUGCAAUGGGAAUGUGGAAAUACUAAUCCUGUGGACUCCUACACUGUUGAAUUAUCUAAGGUGGCUGGCGGAGAUGGAGGUGAAAUUCUCACUGAAUCUGUUGUUGGAAUUCCAAACUGUGAGACGUUGAUUCAGCUGGAGCCAAAACAAAGUUAUCUUCUAUUUGUGAAGGCCCUCAAUAUAGGAGGAUCAAGUGAAAGGAGUGAGCCAGCUUCUAUCCUUAGCACAGGAACUGUAUUUACCCUCAAUGAGAAGACAGCUCAUCCCUUGUUGUCCAUCCUGGAAGACGGGCUGACAUUGGCCUGCCACGAAACUAAGAGAGCCCAAAGUGACACACCCUUUGGGGAAGACAGUUUUACAAGAUCCAUUGCUGCGUUGGGAUACCCGAUCCCAUUCCGAGGAAAACAUUACUGGGAGGUCGAUGUUGAUGAGAAUACUGAGUAUUGCAUUGGAGUGGCUUUUGAAAAUGUACCAAGAGAGGAUUAUUUGGGCAAAAGCCACUCCUCCUGGUGUAUGAAGCACACCAUUACUUCCUCCAGCCACCUCUAUGAAUUUCUCAAUAAUGGGAUGACACCUGACAUCAAGAUCACAGUUCCUCCUGAGAAGAUUGGCCUUUUGCUGGACUACGAUGAAGGGAUUCUCUCAUUUUUUAAUGCUGAUAUCAAGCAACACUUGCAUACCUUCCACAACAACUUUCAGGAUUUUGUGUGCCCCUGUUUUGCGAUGGAAGGCAUCGGGGUGCUCAGGAUUCGAAAUGGCAUCACAGUACCUCCACACAUUGUUUUGUGAUUCAGGAUAGCAAGAUGGCAUUGUUAAUAUGCCAUGCAGCACACUUUCAACCCCUGUCCCAAUCUUCUCCCUUUCUCCCCCAAAUAUUACUUCUUUAUUAAUUUGAUUAGUGUGGGAGACAAGACCCUAUUGUUCAUAAAGUAAAGCUGUG